AUGAAUAGAACGAACUACGGAAAGAUUGAUUCUGCCCCACCUUUACAGCUGUUCAACUGCGUCCACCCAGACUGCGGGGCAACGUUCGUGCGGGAAUGGCGUUUGAAAGAGCACGAAACCGUUCACUCUGGAGCGCGACCUCUGCAAUGCUUGGAGCCCGGCUGUGGCCGCCGUUUUUCUCGGAGGUCACAUCUCAGCCGUCACAAACGCAUUCACGGCGGGGAGAAAACCUUCAGGUGCACAUACAUGAGUUGUGCCAAACGUUUCAUCAACGCGGAUAAACUGAAGAGGCAUGUCCGGUAUUACCACGGUGACAAAGACAAGUAUUUCAAGUGCCAGCACCCACACUGCACCCUGAUGUUUCGGAAGCGUAAGGCAUUCAAGAUGCAUCUGAGUGUGCACAGCAUUGCCCCCAAUUUCAAGUGCACAAAGGAAGGGUGUGGAGCAAAGUUUGAGACUGCUGUUGCUCGCCGGGCCCAUGAAAAGACCCAUGCAGGUUAUGCCUGUCCGCAGGCCAGCUGCCAGGUGGUGGAGCAUACCUGGGGGAAACUGCGCAAGCACACCCUGAAGCACCCUGUCACCUACACCUGUAAACAGUGCCUGAAGGCCUUCAAGAAGAAAGAAGCACUCCGGUACCACAAGCGCAUCCAUGCCCUGCAGAAGCCUGUGCUACUGUGCCCAAAUGAUGGAUGCCAGGCGUACUUCUCCACCACCUUCAACUUGCAGCACCAUAUCCGCAAGGUGCACCUGCAGCUGCUCAAGUUCCACUGCUACUAUCCGGAUUGCUCACGCACCUUUGCCAUGCAGGAGAGCCUGAACAGACACAUCCUGCUCCAUGGCCCAGAUGGAGGCAAGGUGAAGCAACAAAAACACCAGCGUGCCAAAAAGACGUGGCAGAAGCGUCUGGGGAGAUGUCACCAGCCCCCCCUGGUGGAGGAUGACCUACGACGCCUCUUUGCCCGGCAGAUGCGUUUUCCACGAAGGGGAAAGCUGGAAGCUGACCUCUCAGGCCUGUUCAAUGAACGCAAAAUCCCACGCCAUGUAGACCCAGAGGCCAACCUGCGUGACCUUUUCAGCCUCAAGUUACCCUGCCCACCACUACUGAAAACUGAGGUCCCUCUUUCCACAUGUUAA